UAAGCAGAAGUUGCCUUGAAUAUCCCUUUCCGUAUUCCAAGUUUAAUCAUCGAGUGGUCGAUGCUGAGCUGACUCUCCUAUCUUCUUCUCUCACUUUCUCUCUCAUCUAAAUUCAAACACACUCCUCCUUUCUCUCUCCUCUGUAAGAACAAACAAAACAAUGUCAUGGCUAGUUAACACCAUCGCAAACUCUCUCAAACUAGACGACGACGAUGAAGAAGAAGUAAAACACACCACCUCCAAAAACUCCGCAGAAAUACACCCCUUGCAAGCUCAAAACCUUAACAAUGGCGACGAUCAACAAAUGCACUCCUCUGAUCCUUCCUCACCGUCCGAUCACCAAACCAAUACUCCUCGAGGUGUUAAAGAUGACCUCUCCGAGUUCUCCCAAACCCUAACUCGUCAAUUUUGGGGCGUCGCGUCGUUUCUUGCUCCUCCUCCGCAGAUCUCCGAUCGCGAUCCGCAAACGGAUAAUUCCGACCGAAACUCCGGCGAUCUUGCCGGAAUUACUGGAAUUCGUAACGAUUUGUCGGAAAUUGGCGGGAGAUUUCGGUCCGGAAUUUCGAAGUUAUCGACUAAUAAAGCUGUUUCCGAGUUUUCAAAGAUCGCUUCGAAUAUACUUCAGUUCGCAUCGGAGGAGGAUUUGUCGAUUGAGGAGUAUGCUCAACGAGGUGUUGUUGGAGUUACUGAAGAGGUUGUGGCAUUUGCUAGUGAUGUUGCUAUGCAUCCUGAGACUUGGAUUGAUUUUCCUAUGCCUGAUGAUGACGAGGAUGAAGAUUUUGACUUGUCAGAUGCUCAGCAAGAACAUGCAUUGGCUGUUGAACGUCUUGCACCUGAACUGGCCGCCCUUAGAACUGAACUUUGCCUGGGCUACAUGAGUGAGGGCUCCUUUUGGAAAAUUUAUUUUGUGCUUGUGCAUCCCAGACUUAGCAGACAGGAUGCUGAAGUCUUGGCUACACCACAGAUUAUGAGAGCCAGGGCAAUGUUAACCCAAGAGCUCCAUAGCCGUGGUAAAUCAAGGUCAGCUGACUCCAGAAAUGUGAAGGAGUCUGUUAAUGCCACCGAGAUGUCAUGUGAAGAUCAUCUGUCUGUUCCAGUAGCUGAUCGGUCCGAAUAUAUUCCAGUUGAGAUAUCAGCUGUUGAGCCAGCCUCAUCUGCAGAGCCGGUGGUAGAUUUGGAAAUUGAUAAACACCCAGUCACUACCACUGAUAUUCUGGUUGUUGACAAGGCGGUUGUUAACGAAGUUUCUAAGAAGCAGGCAGAAAGUGACGGUGCGACAUCCAACACCAAUAAAAGUGAUGGUAUUGGUAAGGCAAUUGCUGAGGAAGUUUCAGUGAAACAAGUGAUCAUCAUGAAGCCAACACCAGACACCUCUACUUCUAAAAACAUAUAUCACAGAGAUGAAGACGAUGUAGAUGAUUGGCUUAAAGAAGAUAGUGCUGAAGGAGGCUCAAUUAAGGGAACUUCCUAUCAACUAGGAGAGGACGACGAUGUAUCAUUUAGUGACCUUGAAGAGGAUGAUGAUGUUCCCACAAGUUAUGCUAAGGCUGGGAACCCCAGUUCUUCUGCUAAAGAAUCUAGUGAUUGGAUUCAACUAAGCAGCCGAUCAGCCGAUUCUUCGAAGGAUGUUAAUGCAAAAAGUAAAGAUGGUUUUGUAUCUAACAAGGUGAGUUCCCAAAAUCUAGAGAAUAAGGAAUCUAAUGACUGGCUUGAUGUUGAAGAUAUUGAUGAUGCUUAAAUGUUUGUUGCCAUUGCAAUUUAUAUCUUUUCUUUUAAGAUAUUGGGCACUGUGUGCUAUUCCCUGUUUUCUGCUGUCUAUGGUUUAACUGGUUCGCAUGGCUGUCCUACGCUCCUAUGUAAAUAUUGUAUUUUCAAUUCAGGAAUUAGUUUAAGUGGAAUAACGCUUUCUAUGAGAUGUUAUAUAAAAUUGUCAAUAUUAAUGCUUGUUGUA